AUGUCACAAGUCACUGCCACUACAAAUGUUUCCUUUUUUGCAUAUUUCACCUCCGUUCCUCGUCUCGUGCCCCCGCAGACAGGGAGAGAGAGCGCGCGCUCACGCCUCCUCGGCCUCCUCCUGCGCUCGAGGCUCCAGCGCUGCCACGUAAUCUCACUCGAGCACCCGCUCACUCACUCAAAACCUCCGGAACCGAGACAGCGACUGCGGAAGAUUAAAAACACACUGAACGAGAGCCCUCCGGCGGGUGUAGCGGAGCGCAGACUGCAGCGGACCGUGCAUUUUGGGUUUUCAUCUGGGACCGCCGGUGACCCGCUGUGUGGAAACACACUGAGCCAUGCGGCAGCUGAAGGGCAAGCCGAAGAAGGAGUCUUGGAAGGACAAAAAGGAGCGCAAACAGGCCAUGCAGGAGGCGCGGGAGCAGGUGACGACGGUCGUUCUACCGACGCUCAUCGUGCUCGUGCUGCUCAUCGUCCUCUUCGUCUACGUGGCUACGAGACCCGGAGCCAUCGAGUAAAAAGACUCCAAACAGCCAAAUCUCCCCUGUCCUCGUCUUUCUCUUUCAUUUCCCCUCGUUCCUUCCCAAUGAAUGAAAUGGACACAAUCAUAAGGAUGGAUGGAUUGAUAAAGGAGUGGUUUUCAGUGCCAUGUUUGGAGUGUGUUAAAGAAGGAGUCUUCCGUUUUGGCUUCUGACAGAGCGCCUCUACCAGCCACCAGCAUUCGUGUCUGUGGCGGCCAUGUUGGCUCCAAAUGCAUUCACAGGGUUCUAGUUUCAUGCCAAAGCACCUGAGACGCAGCAGACUCGGACUGACCCAGGAAGCGGGCCAGAUCUGAUGCCUCUGUGCUCAGUACAAAUGAGAAGUGACUGUAGUAUUGCACAUGUCUGUAGCAUGCAAGCUUAUGCACACACACACACACACACACAUACACAAACGAACACUGAUGGGAUUAAUGACCAAAAAGAAUGUUACCCAGAAUGUAUAUUACUGAAUGCUCCUUACCGAAUGCCUCUUAACAAGCAGUUGCGGAUGUUUGUGGUUGAAGCGUGUGUGUGUCUGUGUGUGUGUGUGUGUGUGUGUGUGUGUGUGUGUGUGUGUGUGUGUGUGUGUGAGCAGAUGCACCACGGAGUGCAUGUUUUUAUAACACAUCUGUGAUAUACAAUCCCGGCGGAAAACGUACUCUUAUUUAAAAAUGUAUUCCAGCAGGACUUGGAUCUGAAAAUGUGCCUUAACUUUUAAUGACGUAACAGCGUUUGAAGAGUUAAUAAAGAUAUAGGAAGCCAUGCUGACUGCUUUAAGUAUGGUUUUAAUAAGA